UUCAGAAUGUGGGAACCAAUCAUAGUUGAUGGAGGCGUGUUCGUCAAGGCGCUGUACGGUGGCUCGGUUGGGACAGUCAAUUUGAUUGGAAAGCGCGGCUAGCUGUCAGAACCGGCGGAGCCUUUGCUUCAAGGGUCGCAAAGCUCCUCUUUAUCAAGAGACGGCCAUGUCUGUGAAUCAGCUGAAUACAAGGGUGGAGCAGACGAAACCGGGUCCGACAGGAACUGUCUGUUUUGGGCAGAACCCAUUCACCGCGGAGGAAUACCAAGCCGUACAGAAUGCGCUACGCCAGAAGCUGGGCCCGGAAUACAUCAGCAGCCGGCAAGCCGGAGGAGGACAGAAGGUGUGUUACAUAGAAGGACACAGAGUGAUUAGCCUGGCCAAUGAGAUGUUUGGAUACAACGGCUGGUCCCAUUCCAUCACUCAGCAGAAUGUGGAUUUUGUCGACCUGAGUAACGGGAAGUUCUACGUCGGGGUGUGCGCCUUUGUCAAGGUCCAGCUUAAGGAUGGCUCCUACCAUGAGGAUGUCGGAUAUGGGGUCAGUGAAGGGCUGAAGUCCAAAGCUCUAUCGUUAGAGAAAGCUCGGAAAGAGGCAGUCACAGAUGGGUUAAAACGGGCGCUAAAGUGCUUUGGGAACGCCCUGGGAAACUGCAUUUUGGAUAAAGAUUAUCUUCGUGCUGUGAACAAACUUCCAAAGCAGGUGCUGUCAGAACUGGACUUAGCGCAGACCAAGCGGCAGGACUUUGAUGCUACUUUAGAGAAAGCCCGAUACAGCAGCUUCCAACAGGCCCAGAAACCAGCAGAGAGACCAGAACCAGCUGUACGGCGCUCGCCAAGGCCCAGUUACCCAUUACCUUCUGAAACAAACUAUGAGGGAAGCACCCGGAUAAGUCCGGAGGCCAACCGUACAGGUAGUACCGGUUCAGCACUGUCCUGUAACUCCGAGAUGGACGCCACGUAUCAGCGCAAAAUGCGCCAGAAGCAACUGCAACAGCAGUUCCGGGAGCAGAUGGAGAAAAAACAGCAGACCCGCGAUCCUGAGAACCUUCCAGAUACAAGCCGAGGGGGUACCACAUUUGCCCCGAGGGUCCCCCCCCUGGGACACAGCACCCCUGCGGCACCCCAGCCCCAGUUUGCGCCAGAGGAGGAGUUUCUAGCAGAUGACCCAGAGCUCUGGGAUAUCCCUUUAGAGGCUGUUGAAAUGGAUCCUUUCUCCAACGGCAGCAUCCAGCCUGCCCCCAACGCCCUUCCUACCCCAGUUACCCCAAACGGGCAACAUCACAUGAUGACCCGAAGCAAAACCCCACAGCGGGCCAACCACCUGCGGCAGCCACUCCGGCCCACGGCGUGGAACCAGCCGAACGGAAACACAGGGCAGAGAAUAGACAGGAGUCCCUACCGGCACAACCAGGGAAUGAUGAAAAAGAGGCGCCUAGAACCUUCGUAGCGAUCUAAUACCUGCUGGGAGUAUUGUGGCCUGUGCCUCCUUCCUACCCCCACUAGGGGCAUCUGGAUCUGCCCCCAACCCCCGCAGCAUUUUUGUAAGAACUAAAGUUCCAUGAAAUUCAAUUUACUUUAUUUUAUACAAUUUUAUCAUGUUUAAACAUUUCUACUUGUCCUUUUUCUUUUAUCAGUUGUACAGACAGUGUAAGUUUCAUUUACACAAAAUGCUUAUAUUUUAUAAUAAAGUAAAACAAACUUUA